AUGGCCUCUUCAUUCGAACCAUCGCUUUCAACUAGUGGCAUGCGCCCUCCCCUUGCCUCGGCGGAUGCGCCAUCAAUGGCAGACUCGCUCCCCAGCAUCAACUUUGGAUUCGAAGAUCUACGCAAUAGCAUGGCCCAAUUCACAGUCAAAUUUGAUGCAUUUAUCGAGCGCGGACGCAAACGGGUAUUGGAGGAACGAAACCAGUUUCACAUCAAUCUGGCUGAAUAUGAAGGCAUGCCGAUCUCCACCGACGAGCGCAUGCGGCAACGGGAUAUUGAAAUACUUUAUCUUAAGUCACAAACCCACGAACAAACACUCCAAAAGGAAGCUGCCGAGGCUGCCGAAAUGCACGCAGCUAUCUCAUCGAUCACCCUGGAACGUGAUUCCCGCCUCACCAAACGCGACCGUCUGAAGCAACAGAUUGCCGAGACCCAGAAGGCUAUCAAUCAGAAAUUGGAGGCCCAAAAAUCACAUGCACAGCACCUGGAUGCGCAAUCUCGUCUGAAUUUCCCCGAGUUGGAGUUCUGGCAGGAUUAUCUUUGUAUUCGGAUCGAAGGAGCCGGGCGUGAAGAUCGGUUAAAGUUUGUUUACAGCCAUUUACUCGAGAAAGACUGGGAGGCUGAGGCUUGGUUUGAACUGGGCACUGCCAGUCGUGACUACGAGGUUUUCCAUACGCGCCCGAAAGUUGACCGGGAUGCUUUGGAGCAUGUUGUUGAUCUCGUCAACGACGAUCGAGACUUUGGAGCUUUUUUGAAGCGGAUGCGCAAGUUGUUUGUGGAGGCGAUGAACUAA